AGCGGAGGGGGCCUCCCGCGCUCGGCCGCCGGCCGCGCGCGCGCUGCACCUGGGGCGCCCGGGGGGCAUGGCCCGGGCGCCGCUCGCGGCGCCUGCGGCUGCAAGAUGUGGAGCCUGCCGCGGACUCUCGCGGCCGCCCCCCGCGCAGGCGCGGCGGCCGCGCGCGGGCGGUGCGUCGGCGGGAGGCCGCCGUCGGCCUGGGCGGCCGCCGCGCAGAGGCCCCUGCCGCGCCGCGGGCCUCUGGGCGGCCUCGGCGGGCGGUGUGCCGCCAGCGCCGUGGCUCCAGGGGCGCCUGCGCCAGCGGUGCGCUCCGAGCUGUCGGUGGCGGCGGUGCGCCCCUCCUCCUUCCGGGAGUCGCAGGAGCAGGUGCCGCUGUCGGAGCGCCAGGAGAGGCGAUCUUGGUGGAGCGCUUACCCAGGGAUUGGAACGAGGAGGACCUCAAUGCCGCUCUGCUCAGCUGCGGGGUGGACCUCGGCGGCGAGUGGCGCGAGCGCGUGCUCGUCAUGCGCUCGCGGCUCGGGCGCUCGACGGGGCGGGCGCUGGUCGCCACGGCGCAGCACGCGCCCCACGUGGCCCCCGCGGCCCGUGAGUUGGAGGAGGAGGGGGACAAGGUGGAAGUGCAGGGCGUUGCCAAGCCGUCAGGCCGAUGGACCGCCACGACGUGGAGUCCUUCGUCGAGCAGUGCGAACGCUUCGUCGCUCUCAGCGAGGAAUCGACCUCCGGCGCCUGGCGCGGCCCGAGCACUUCCACCGGGUGCUCACGAUCACGGGGGUGCCCUCGAACUACGGCAGGAGAGGGACGUGGUGAACGUCAUGAAGAUGCAUUGUGGCGUCACGGUGGGUCAGCUGCUUGACUACAUCACCGAUUGUGCAGCAUGCGAACAAUCAUAUUACAGCGACGUUGCAGUGAUUGAUGUCAGUCUUGCUUGGCUGGGAAGAGCACUGGCCCUGAUGCGCGCACGUUAGCGUCCAGCACGGUGUCAUACAAGUGACAGUGAUGCAGCUCGUAUGUGUUGCUUCAGAAUUUUCGAAUGGUGUGCCAGCACAUGUGAAGACCGCUUCGUGUAAUUUGGUGGAUGGUGUCUGGCCAGGCGAGCGCUUCACCACAGCGUUCGGUAUGCAUCGCGAGAUCUGACACGCAUUGCGCCAGCACUGUGCUUUUACGAUUCCACGCGAGUUACCGCCCGAAUCCCCAACUAUGUUUUGCCUGAGCGUGCCCUACUAGUACUUCUUCUGAGUAAGCAACUCCCCUCCUCCCCCUCCCAAUCCGGAAACAUUCGGGACUGACAGAUGCAAUGAUAGAGUUUGGAGCUGGUGUCCGGCGUCGGGAAGGCGACUGCGCCUGGUCCACCUGCGGCAUGCUACCUUCCGUCUCGAGUGGUUGGAUCGUCCAUCUCGUCUCCCUCUUGUUCCUCAUCCGGCGCCAGGUUGAUCCGCGAGAUGUUAUCUUCCGUUUCAAGCGGUGGGGUCGUCAAUCAGAUACUUGUUACGUGAUCUUGCCCACAGUCCAGCAAGUGGACCAUUGCAUUCAGCAGAUCCAGGACUCUUGUAGACUUGUUGGUGGUAUGUUGCACUUCGUCUGGCCUUUGGAGACUACGAACGUAUGGCUCUCAUAAGUCGAUGGGUUGGGGCGGGGUGUGAAAGCCGUUAUGAGGCCGCGAGUUCAGGGUUCGCAGUUGGUCGGAGGAAUCGUGAGGACGUUCCACGCGGGAGGCGUUGGUGUGGUGGUUUUGCUUAUCGAAUGCGUUUGAUAGACAUGUAUGGUCUGUUUGAGAUGUUUGUGGUUGUUUCGAGUUUGUGGUCUCAAAGGGGCAGUUGUGUGUCCGAGCGACAAGUAGAAUAGCGCCACUCCUCGCUUUGACCUUCAGGGGAGAGGUCGAUAGUACAAUUGGCACUUCACCAUCGCAGUUUGUUUGUUGUUGUUGUUGUUGUUCUUGUUGUUGUUGUCGUUGUUGUGGUUGUGGUUGUGGUUGUGGUUGUGGUUGUGGUUGU